CCUAUGCAUUGUGGGUAAUUUAAGUUCCGCGAUACCUUGACGUGACGUCAUUAACAAUCGACGGCAAGGUUGUUUUUUUUAACGGGAUGUUUCUGUUUUUAUAAAUAGUUAUAUUUCAACAAUGAAUUUGAAGUGGGUUUGUUCACAUUCCUGAAUACUAUGGCAAGCCAAAGAGCGCUACCUCAAAGCAAGGAGAGCCUUCUUCAGAACUACAACAAAAGACUGAAGGAUGACAUUAGGUCCAUUCUAGACAACCUCACAGAAAUCAUCAAAACUGCAAAGGUAGAGGAUGAGACACAGGUCUCUCGGGCUACACAGGCUGAGCAGGACCAUUAUGAGAUGCAUGUCAGAGCAGCCAACAUAGUGCGUGCGGGCGAGUCCCUGAUGAAACUGGUGUCGGACCUGAAACAGUUCCUGAUCCUCAACGACUUCCCGUCAGUCAACGAGGCCAUCAGCCUGCAGAACCAGCAGCUGCGUUCGCUGCAGGAGGAGUGCGACAAGAAGCUCACCUCUCUCCGCGACGAGAUCGCCAUCGACCUGUACGAGCUAGAGGAAGAAUAUUACUCCUCCAGCUACAGUCAGUGGGACAGUACGGACCUGCCUCUGUGCGAGGCCUACCGGCGCCGGGACAGUUGGGCGUCCCCGGAUGGGGGUGACACAUCUAGAUCAGCCCAGGAGGGCGUGGAGGACACAGACGGACCCACCUCACAGGAAACUACCCCCAAACACAACUUAAACGGUCACGGGACCACUGGCGCGAUAGAUGAGCCCUAAAGCACUGGACCAUAUGGAUGGGCACAAAGACGGGUUGGGUGACAACGUCAAAAACACUAUGCACACACAUCGAUGUGGCCGGGAGGCAUGCAUUUUUAUGAUUCUAAACGGUCAGAUAGCUAACAACAAUGACAAGAAGCUUCCAAGUGGGGAAUUGUAGGUGGCUUGUUUAAUCUUUUUCACUAGCUACAGUUCAAGUCGGAAGUUUACAUACAUUUAGGUUGGAGUCAUUUGAAAACUCAUUUUUCUACAACUCCACAAAUAUUUUGUGAACAAACUGUAGUUUUGGCAAGUCGGUUAGGACAUCUACUUUGUGCAUGACACAAGUAAUUUUUCCAACAACUGUUUACAGACAGAUUAAUUUAACUUAUAAUUCACUUUAUCACAAUUCCAGUGGAUCAGCAGUUUACAUACACUAAGUUGACUGUGCCUUUAAACAUCUUGGAAAAUUCCAGAAAAUAAUGUCAUGGCUUUAGAAACUUCUGAUAGGCUAAUUGACAUAAUUUGAGUCAAUUGGAGGUGUACCUGUGGAUGUAUUUCAAGGCCUAUCUUCAAACUCAGUGCCUCUUUGCUUGACAUCAUGGGAAAAUCAAAAGAAAUCAGCCAAGACCUCAGAAAAACAAUUGUAGACCUCCACAAGUCUGGUUCAUCCUUGGGAGCAAUUUCAAAACGCCUGAAGUUACCACGUUCAUCUGUACAAACGAUAAUAUGCAAGUGGGCCCACACACAUGGGACCACACAGCCGUCAUACUGCUCAGGAAGGAGACGCGUUCUGUCUCCGAGAGUACUUUGGUGGGAAAAGUGCAAUCCCAGAACAAAAGCAAAGGAACAUGUGAAGAUGCUGAAGGAAACAGGUACAAAAGUAUCUAUAUCCACAGUAAAACGAGUCCUAUAUCAACAUAACCUGAAAGGCCGCACAGCAAAGAAGAAGCCACUCCUCAAAAACUGCCAUAAAAAAGCCAGAAUACGGUUUGCAACUGAACAUGGGGACAAAUAUUGUCAUUUUUGGAGAUAUGUCCUCUGGUCUGAUGAAACAAAAAUAGAACUGUUUGGCCAUAAUGGCCAUCGUUAUGUUUAGAGGAAAAAGGGGGAGGCUUGCAAGCCGAAGAACACCGUCCCAACCAUGAAGCACGGGGGUGGCAGCAUCAAACAUGGGGGUGCUUUGCUGCAGGAGGGACUGGUGCACUUCACAAAAUAGAUGGCAUCAUGAGGGAGGAAAAUUAUGUGGAUAUAUUGAAGCAACAUCUUAAGACAUUAGUCAGGAAUUUAAAGCUUGGUUGCAAAUGGGUCUUCCAAAUGGACAAUGGCCCCAAGCAUAACUUCCAAAGUUAUGGCUUAAGGACAACAAAGUCAAGAUAUUGGAGUGGCCAUCACAAAGCCAUGACCCCAAUCCUCUAGAACAUUUGUGGGCAGAACUAAAAAAAGUGUGUGCGAGCAAGGAGGCCUACAAACCUGACUCAGUUACACCAGCUCUGCCAGGAGGAAUGAGCCAAAAUUCACCCAACUUAUUGUGGGAAGCUUGUGGAAGGCUACCUGAAACUUUUGACCUAAGGUAACAAUUUAAAGGCAAUGCUACCAAAUCCUAAUUGAGUGUAUGUAAACUUCUGACCCACUGGGAAUGUGAUGAAAGAUAUAAAAGCUGAAAUAAAUCAUUCUCUCUACUAUUAUUCUGAAAUUUCACAUUCUUAAAAUAAAGUGGUGAUCCUAACUGACCUAAGACAGGGAAUUUUGGAUAGGAUUAAAUGUCAGGAAUUAUGAAAAACUGAGUUUAAAUGUAUUUGACUAAGGUGUAUGUAAACUUCCGACUUCAACUGUAUGUAACCAACAGCUGUAACGAUGUAUUUGAGAGAGAAUUGCUCAUUGGGCAAAUGUAUUUGUGUUUUCAAUAAACAUUUGGAGACUAAAUGUAGUUUACAACCCUGUCUGUUUUGCCCUAUAGUUGUGCACAGGUCGGUUUGGUUGCUAAACAAAACAAACCUUCUAUUGGAACAAGAGAAUGGACCUCUCCCUCCAUCACUGUGUAUAACUACGGUAUAACUAUGGUUCUAACAACACUCCAAACUGCACAAACAUCACACAUAUUUUAUGAAAUCAAUCAUGAUAAUCAACUGUAACAGUUCAUAAAUGCUGUAAGAUCUGUAGGGAUGUAUUUGCAAUUUUAGUGUUGUUCAUUCAUGAAUAGUUGGGACAAGAUUAGAAGUAAUAAUACAACUAGUUUGUUAACCUAGUGGCAGAGAUGUACAGUAUUACUAGAUGCCAUUUUCUUUCGUUCUGUUAAAACAUGUUUAAAUGUAUGACUAUAGGACAGCAUGUCAUGGACAUGUUAUUGGGUUUCUUUUGCAGCAUUAUUUUUGUAAUUUUGCAAUUUCAGUUAGUACGCGUCUGUUAAUUCCAUGAAGGAUUAGACAAGUCAAUAAAACAUAAUUAUAAA